AUGGGAAAGCCCAGACCGCAGAAGAAAAGGUCAUCCAAGUCCCGCACAAAGCCCGUUCUCGGCCCUGGUGGCUCGGUUUCUAAACACAAAAUGGCCGAAGAUCCCUCCAAGCUCCUCGACCAGGCCACUAUCCUCCUCCAGACUGGCCGAGCCGAUGAGGCGCUAUUGAUCGCACAGCAGGCAUUGACUCUAGGCGCCGAGAACCCGUCUGUUCGACUCCAAGCGAUCAAUCUUCUCGGCGAGAUCAACGUUGAGUUGGGCGAAAUCGAAACUGCUAGGGAUUAUUUCCUCAAUGCUGUUGAGCUGGACCCCACCGGGUCAAUACCAGAGUCUGAUGGUGGUGGUGCCGAGAAGUUCAUGUGGCUCGCUCAAUUGAGCGAGCAGGGUGGAACGGACAGUGUUCAGUGGUUUGAAAAGGGUGUCUCGUCUCUCCGCCGCACCCUCGAGACUCUCGAGGGCAAGACGAGCCCGGAAGAGGUUUUGUUUGCUGAAGAGAAGAAAGCAAAGCUGUCUAAUGCUCUCUGUGCGGUGGCAGAGAUCUACAUGACCGAUCUUUCAUGGGAAGAAGACGCCGAAGCUCGGUGUGAAGCGCUCAUUACAGAGGCGCUGACUGUGACACCCAACGCGCCUGAGGUUCUCCAGACGUUUGCUUCCAUCCGGAUAUCUCAAACAAACAUCGAGGAGGCCCAGGAAGCCCUCAAGAAGAGCAUCAGCUUGUGGAAGGAUUUGGCUCCCGAGGACCCAAAAGUACCCGACUUUGCAGUGCGCAUUAGUCUCGCACGUCUUCUGAUGGAGGUGACGUUGGAGUUCGAAGCUCUUGAAGUUCUUGAGCGUCUAAUUCUCGAGGAUGACCAAAGUGUGGAAGCCUGGUAUCUGGGCGGUUGGUGUUUGUAUCUCCUGGCCGAGAAACGACAAGCACCGAAAGACAUUGUCGAAGACGAGGCUUCAGAAUCACCACGACAUGCAUCUUUGAUCGCGAGUCGAGAGUGGCUCAAGCAAAGUCUGAAGCUCUACGAAAAAUUACAGUACGAGGACGAGCCGCUGCAGGCCCAUGCUCUUGAGCUCAUUCAAGGCAUGACAGACGAGAUUGGCGAGGACGACGAGAGUGAAGCCGAGAUGGAGGGUGAAGGUGAGGAUUGGGACGAGGAGAUUGAGGCAGACUCCGAUGAUGACGAAGACCACGAAAUGGCCGACUCGUAG